ACGCACAAUCGUGAGCAGCUUACGACACUCAGUGAGCAGUAGGUGCCUGUGCAAGCUCGCGCCGCACACAGCCUGGCGGAGGGAAGGAGCUCGGGCGCCGCUCCCCGCUCCCCGCCCGCACCACCCCGCCGCCCGCAAAGCAUGAGCGAGCCCGCUCUCCGCAGCCGCCCCGGGCGCGAAUGGCAGGCGGUCUCCGCGGAGUAAAAGGUGGCACCGGUCAGUGGUCCUUUCCAAUGACGGACAUUAACCAGACUACCAAAUCCUGGGGAGUCGUGAGCCCCGAGUUUGGAGUUUUUUUUUUUUUUUUUCUUUUUUUUUUUUUCCCCACAACGUCACAUUCCGAACUGCAGAGGGAAAGGACAGCGGCAGGAAGGCGAAGCCCGGCGCCAGCACGUAGUUGGGAAACUUGCGGGUCCUAGAAGUCGCCUCCCCGCCUCGCCAGCCGCCCUUGCAGCCCAGAGCCGAGCAGCAAAGUGAGACAUUGUGCGCCUGCCAGAUCCGCCGGCCGCGGACCGGGGCUGCCUCGGAAACACAGAGGGGUCUUCUCUCGCCCUGCAUAUAAUUAGCCUGCACACAAAGGGAGCAGCUGAAUGGAGGUUGUCACUCUCUGGAAAAGGGUGGAUUUCUGACCGAGCGCUUCCAAUGGACAUUCUCCAGCCUCUCUGGAAAGAUUCUCGCUAAUGGAUUUCCUGCUGCUCGGUCUCUGUCUAUACUGGCUGCUGAGGAGGCCCUCGGGGGUGGUCUUGUGUCUGCUGGGGGCCUGCUUUCAGAUGCUGCCCGCCGCCCCCAGCGGGUGCCCGCAGCUGUGCCGGUGCGAGGGGCGGCUGCUGUACUGCGAGGCGCUCAACCUCACCGAGGCGCCCCACAACCUGUCCGGCCUGCUGGGCUUGUCCCUGCGCUACAACAGCCUCUCGGAGCUGCGCGCCGGCCAGUUCACGGGGUUAAUGCAGCUCACGUGGCUCUAUCUGGAUCACAAUCACAUCUGCUCGGUGCAGGGGGACGCCUUUCAGAAACUGCGCCGAGUUAAGGAACUCACACUGAGUUCCAACCAGAUCACCCAACUGGCCAACACCACCUUCCGGCCCAUGCCCAACCUGCGCAGCGUGGACCUCUCGUACAACAAGCUGCAGGCUCUGGCGCCCGACCUCUUCCAUGGGCUGCGGAAGCUCACCACGCUUCACAUGCGGUCCAACGCUAUCCAGUUCGUGCCGGUGCGCAUCUUCCAGGACUGCCGCAGCCUCAAGUUUCUUGACAUCGGAUACAAUCAGCUCAAGAGUCUGGCGCGCAACUCUUUCGCCGGCUUGUUCAAGCUCACCGAGCUGCACCUGGAGCACAACGACUUGGUCAAGGUGAACUUCGCCCACUUCCCGCGCCUCAUCUCCUUGCAUUCCCUCUGCCUGAAGAGGAACAAGGUGGCCAUUGUGGUUAGCUCGCUGGACUGGGUUUGGAACCUGGAGAAAAUGGACCUGUCGGGCAACGAGAUCGAGUACAUGGAGCCCCAUGUGUUCGAGACCGUGCCGCACCUGCAGUCUCUGCAGCUGGACUCCAACCGCCUCACCUACAUCGAGCCCCGGAUCCUCAACUCCUGGAAAUCGCUGACGAGCAUCACCCUGGCCGGGAACCUGUGGGACUGCGGGCGCAACGUGUGCGCCCUGGCCUCGUGGCUCAGCAGCUUCCAGGGGCGCUACGAUGGCAACUUGCAGUGCGCCAGCCCCGAGUACGCGCAGGGCGAGGACGUCCUAGACGCCGUGUACGCCUUCCACCUGUGCGAGGAUGGGGCCGACCCCACGAGCGGCCACCUGCUCUCGGCCGUCACCAACCACAGUGACCUCGGGCUCCCGGGCAGCCCGGCCACCACGCUCGCUGACGGCAGGGAGGGGCAGCUCGACGGCACGCACGAGCCGGCUACUGUGGCUCUCCCAGGCGGCGAGCAUGCCGAGAACGCCGUGCAGAUCCACAAGGUGGUCACAGGCACCAUGGCCCUCAUCUUCUCUUUCCUCAUCGUGGUCCUGGUGCUCUAUGUCUCCUGGAAGUGUUUCCCAGCUAGCCUCAGGCAGCUCAGACAGUGCUUUGUCACGCAGCGCAGGAAGCAAAAGCAGAAACAGACCAUGCAUCAGAUGGCUGCCAUGUCUGCCCAGGAAUACUACGUUGAUUACAAACCGAACCACAUUGAGGGAGCCCUGGUGAUCAUCAAUGAGUACGGAUCCUGUACCUGCCACCAGCAGCCCGCAAGGGAAUGCGAGGUGUGAUUUUCCCAGUGGCUCUCAACCCGUGCGCUACCAAAUACGCCUGGGCGGACGGGGCGGCCGGCCAGCGCCAGGCUGGGGUCUCCUUGUCUGUGCUCUGAUAUGCUCCUUGACUGAAACUGUAAGGGGAUAUCUCCCAGAGACUUGACAUUUUAGCUUUAUUGUGUCUUAAAAACAAAAACGAAAUAAAACACAACAAAAACCCUGCCCCACAACCUUCAGGACAGUCAAUCUUAAAUUUCAUAUGAGAACUCCUUCCUUCCUUUGAAGAUCUGUCCAUAUUCAGGAAUCUGAGAGUGUAAAAAAGGUACCAAUCAUUGAUUUUUUUUUUUUUGUAAACUAAAAUGUUUAAAAUAAAAUAGCAUUUACAGUU